AUGAACCCACCACCACCAACCCAAGCUCAACUCCUCGCCCGCCUCCACGCCGACGGCUUCCCAACUCCAUCCCCAGAAUUCCUCCUCUCAAUCCUAACGCCAAACCCAACAACAGGACGUAUACCACCUUUACAAGCACUCACCGCAACCGCAAAACACCGCAUCCUCUCCACCCCCCUCACGCCCACCCUGCUCUCGCCCUCCACCCCUUUCCUCCCCGCAACCAUCUCCUCCCCAACAACCCAGUCCCACCUCCUCACCCACGACACCCCCGUCCAAAUCCUCGACAUCCUCGACAUAUCCACGCCAAAAUGGACACAAGUAACCCAACUCGAAGACAUCCGAAAAGGAUCCUCCACGUCCGGACGGCGGGUCAUUCAACUCCCUACCCCUCCCUCUGAGGAUUCAACUCAGCAAACACAAACCCAGACUCAAACCCAAGUGCGGAGCCGGGGGACGUAUAAACUGCAAUUGGUAGAUGUAAAAGGCACGCAGAUCUCGGCGUUCGAGCUCCAGCCGAUUCCGAAGUUGGAUGUGCCGCCGGGGAUGGGGAUUGGGUGUAAGGUGAUGUUGAAGAAGGGGACGAGGGUUGCGAGGGGGGUGGUGUUGUUGGAGGUUGGGAAGACGGUUGUGUUGGGGGGGAGGGUGGAGGUUUUGGGUAAGGCGUGGAGGGAGGGAUUGGAGGGACGGUUGAGGGAGGGGUUGGGUGAUGUGUAG